AUGCACGGGGCAUGCCCCACCGGUCCUGGCCCCGACCCCUUCGACGCCCCCGAGGCCCCCUGGCCCGGAACCUGCGGGGACCCCGAUUCCGCCACCUUCGGGCGCGCGGAGAACACCUUUACCUCCGGCUUUGAGGGGGCUUGGACGGAAGCUCCCACGGUAUGGGACAACAGUUACUUCGUCGACCUCCUCGAGUAUGACUGGAUUCAAGCCGAGAGCCCCGCCGGCAACAUCCAGUGGAUUCCCGUCCUGAAGGAAGGCGCCACCGAAACCGACGUUCCAGACAUCAUCAUGCUGACUUCGGACGUCGCCCUGCUGAUGGACCCCGAGUACCUUGCUAUCGUGGAAGAGUUCGCCGCCGACCAGUACGCCCUGGACGUCGCCUUCUCCAACGCCUGGUACAAGCUCGUCACUCGCGACAUGGGCCCGCACUCGCGCUGCGUCGGCACCGAUGUGCCCCCCCCGCAAGAUUUCCAGCUCCCGCUUGCCGACACGCCGAGAGACCUCCCGAGCUACUCGGGGGCCAAGAAAGCGAUCGGCCACAUCCUCUCGGAGGAGUCGACGUACGCCCCCCGCUUCGUGACCCUGGCCUACCAGUGCGCGUCUACCUUCCGGUCUACCGACUACAUGGGAGGCUGCAACGGCGCCAGGAUCAGGUUCCCGCCCCAGAGCGAGUGGGCUAGCAACGCGGGGCUGAGCACGGUGCUGGACCUGCUGCAGCCCGUGAAGGACGAGUACCCGGACAUCUCCUACGCCGACCUGAUCGUCCUGGCCGGCCAUGUCUCUCUCAAGCAGGGGGGCUCUGUCCCCAACCUCUCGUACUGCAAGGGUCGCGUCGACGCGGAGAGGGACGACCCCAACAACUCCCUCCUCUCCGUGCUCGAGCCCACUCGCGAGUACGACGGCGUCAUCGUCGGAGUGCGCGACCGCAUGAAGAUUGCCGGCCUCUCUGUGGCGCAGAUGGUGGCGCUCGCGGGGCGCCCUCGCAGUUCUUCUUUGAUGACCGACCUUGGGUACAGCGGCUCCUACACGGAAGAUGACGCAGUCCUGUCGAACACCCUCUACACCCUCCUGCUCACCGAGGACUGGGAGGAGGUGCCCGGGAUGGACGGCAAGGAGUACCAGGCCGUCGGCAAGUCGGGCGUGUACGUCCUCGACACGGACCUAGCGCUGGUCUGGGACCCAGAGUUCAAGGCCCAGUCCAUCCUGUACGCGCAGGACAACGACUACUUCCGCCACGAGUUCGGGUCUGCUUGGACCGCUCUGAUGAACGCUGAUCGAUUCGACGGACCCACCGGAAGCAUGUGCGACCACUAGUAAGCAUGUCGACGUUUCCUUCUCCUAUCGGGGGUGCCCAGGCCACCCUUAGCGCCACCUGUGCGAUUACAAAGGGUUUCUUCUCUCGACACCGAGGUCGAUACGGCGGCGACUUCGUCAGGGGCGUGUGCGAGUACAUCUCUUGUAUACUAGCCUGUACCGUUGGCGUGAAUGUACCAGUAGGGCUUAUUUCGAGCGCCAAGCCGUGCUGGCUUGGGCUGGUUGAGGUUGGGUCCGACGACCU